UGCAGCUGUUACUCGAUUGCGUUUUCCAGUUUCUCCAAGACCGAUUCGUAUGAGAAGGGCUGAGGGUGUUGGUGGUGGUGUAACAGGUCGUAUGAUGUUGCUUAGACGAUAUGUUUCAAAGCUACUUGAUGAUGAACGCAUCGAAUUACCAUGGCCACAUGCUACUGAAACUCGAUUAUACGCUGAGCGUUUGAUUCAGGAAAGCAUCUUGGCAUCAGCUGAACAGGAUCUCGUUUCGCUAUUUGAACUUUGGAAAAAUUCUAAGGAACCAAAAACCAACGAUAAACUCAAUCUUGGUAUUCUAGAGCUUUCUGUGUUUUGGCUAACUGAGGAACGUUUAGUUGAAAAAUUAUUCAAGGUAUUUGUACCAAGAUACAGGUUUUAUGAACGCGCAUACACUAGUUUGUUUCAGAUUUUUCCUCCAGUUCAUCCGAUAAAAUCUAGUGGUACUAAAUCAUUUGGAAUAUUGGAAUUGCACGGAAAUCCAUGGCCACCUGUUCGUGGUCAUGGUAUAAUUGGACGAAGUUUAAAUCCAGAACCAUUUCAAGAUCGUUAUCUCAUCAAUGUUCUAUUGGAUGCUGCACGUGAAUCAUCAGCUAAGAAGAAUUGUACACCAUCCACAUCACCACCUAUUGUAAUUGAUUAUGAACUACGUCCAAUUAAUUGA